AUGGCCGCCACUUCACUGGCUUUGACAACCGUAUUGUUCAUGCCUGGUGCUUUUGGUGCCGCUAUUCAAAGCGAGGGGCUCGAGAGAUGCGACUUCGACUCUGAGUCGACGCUGAGCCCGAGUCCUGCGAGCGACGCCGCUAAGCGACAGAGCAACGCGGAUCUUGACACCGCCCUGGAAAGCAUCUUUGGUCGUCCCUCUGCCGAUGGUGACCAGAAGCCUAGCCAGGAUAGCCUCGAAAGUAUUUUUGGCAAGCCUCCUGCGGGAAGCGAACAACAAACUAGUUUGGAUAUCCUCGGGAGUGUCUCUGGCAAGCCCCCUGCCGGCGACGACGAGCAGGAGCUUAGCCCGGAAUAUCUUGAAAGCAUCUUUGGCAAGCCUCCCCCACCUCCUCAGGGCGCCGAUGCGAAUGUCCCCGAAAGCAGUGGCCAGACACCUGCUCCCAACGAUGACGGCCGAGUACUUAGUGUCGGCGUCUACAUGCACAUUGUUGGAAAACCCGGCAACAACGAAUCGGUCGAGUUUUUCCUGAGUCGCGGUGAUCUUGACAAGCAGAUCGAUGCCAUGAACAGGUACUAUACGCCAGCCAAUAUUUCCUUCCACCUGCUGGAUGCGGACUGGACAGAGGACAUCUUGCUAUCAAGCUCGAGAGGGCUUCGUACCCCUCUGGCGCAUAGUCUGCACAAGGGCACGGUCGCAGACCUCAACAUGUUCUGGGUCAAGCCCAAUAGUCUUCGCUAUGGCGGAACCUCAAAGACCUUCUUCGCAGGCGGCGAAGAUAUAAAGUCUGACGGAGUCAUUAUUGGCACCAACACGAUUCCUGGAGGCUCGCACCCUGUUAUGAAUAUGGGCGUGACGGGUGUUCAUGAAGCCGGCCACUGGCUCGGACUUCACCAUACGGGGUUCACCCUGCCGGGUGAUUGUGAGCCCAACUGGCUCAACAAUCCUGGCCAGGGCAACGAGCCGUGCGGUCAUAGAUGCGAUGCCAACUUUAUGAGCUAUGGUGCCGAUGCGUGCUUGACAGAGUUUACCCCUCAGCAGAUCGAGACCAUGCGAGACGUUGCGAUCAAUAAGCGCGGGCUUUAG